CAUAUAUGCAUUUGAUAUAUAGGGAAAAAAAGAAGAAAUAGCACAGACAUCAGUUAUAAUUUGUAACCUCAAAAAAAUGCUGAGUUUCAGUUUUCCGCCGAAGGUACUCGUGAACAAGCUUGUCUAAAGGUUGCUUAUAUAUUUUGCCAUGUGAUCAGCUGUUUAUUUAUUGCAUUAUUCAAUGUCGGUAUACACGCAUCAAAAUAUGGAAGUUAAAACACGGACUCAGAGAACAAAAGGAAAAAUGAAUUCUCAUAAAUUGAAGGACGAAAUUCGAAAAUUGUAUUCUAGAUUGGAAAAACUUGCACAACUGGACGAAUUUAAAGAUAAUCAAGAGAGCGUUAAAGAGAUAUAUGGAGAUUUUGAAAGUUUUUUCGAGGCAAGUGGAUUGGCUAAACAGAUCAAGAACAAAUUUAUGCUUUUGUUUGGUAAAGAUAUACUCGAGGGCACAUUUACUGUUACAUUCGAGGGCAAAUUAACUGAAACAUUUAUGGCUAAAGGAUCUCUGCCGGAACUGACGGACAAACGUCAAAUUAAUGGCGACACCAUUUUGUUUCGAGCUAUGACAAUCAAUGUCAAAUCUAAAGAGGGAAUAACAACUCUUGACAAGAUCAUCAAAUUACUAAUACAGACAUGCCCAGAGCUGAUUGUGUUUCCAAAAAGCAAUGAUGGUUAUGAAGGUUUAACACCAGUCCAUCUUGCAAUACUAAAUGAAAAUUUAAGCAUCUUAGAGUCAAUGUGUAACAGUUUGUUAACUGUCCAUGAUUCCAGACCACUUAGAAAAAAAAUGCAAGGCCUAUGUGUUUUUGGGCAAAUUUCUAAUGCUUCUCCGAUGAUGGCGGGUACACCUCUUGGUGUUGCAGCUCUUAAAUGUAAUGAGGACAUUUUCAAGUUCACGUUUUCGAAUUUCGCUACAGGUUUAGAUGUUACGAAUGACAAAGGAGACUCUAUUCUACAUUCACUCAUCAAGCAUGCUUGCGUACGGCCGGAGAAACUCGAUGAUAUUCAGAGAAUGUUUAGUUAUGUUUUGCAGUGCAAAUUUGAUGAUAACAAUGUAAAACGGAAACAUAAAAAACAGGCACGCAAACUUCUUAUGUUGAAAAACAAAGAAAAUUUAAAUGUGAUGCAACUGGCUGCAAGAGAACAACAGUUUGGAAUAUUUGAAAUUAUUAUGAAAAACGAGAUUUACUAUUCAAGAGGAUCCUCCGAUGGCCUUUACAAUGAUGAAGUAUAUGAUGUAACAGAAAUAGAAACCCUGAGUUUUGUUGGAAUGGGCCCUGAAGAUCUGGAAGAUCUGAAACCAGACCACCACGAGUCAAUUAUGGAGUACAUAGUCCACCAGGAAACAAACGCCGCCUUUCUUUUUGUCGAUUUUAUUCCCGUACAAGGUGUGAUUCGACAGAAAUGGAAGUAUUACAAGAUAUGGUUCCGUGGAUGGUUUCUUCUCCAUCUUUUUUACAUGUCCCUGCUAUCUGUUGCUUCUCUAAAUAGAUCUAAACUAUCAGGACCUGUAUCAAUAAGCAAAAACGCUGAAUUUGCAUACAACGUUACACGACAUGUAUUCGUUACUUUUGUUUCCGUAUUUGGGUUACUGUUAGGUUUGGUAUACCUUGCCAUGGAGAUAGCGCGACAGCUCAACUCACGUUUUCAAUAUCGGACAUCAAAGUUUUUCAUUCCACGAUUUUUCCGGCAUUUCAAUACGCCAUAUUCAAAUAUGAUUUUUAGAAUACAUUUUGGUAUAUUUUCUCUUUUGCUGAUCAUAGAUUUCGUUCUUGCUUCAACUGAAGCUUCUGGCUCCUUUACAGGAUAUGAAAAUUAUUGCCUGAUCUUUGCUGUGAUUAUUGGCUGGUAUUUAGUCAUGUUCUUUCUGCAAACAUAUACGGCAUUCAGCAUAUUUACUGUCUUGAUACAGAAAGCAAUUUUAGAUAUGUCUAAAUUUGCUUUAGUUAUUACAUUCUUUCUCGUGGCAUUCUCUGUAGCAAUGUACAUGAUAAUGCAAGGGGCGAAUACAGAGGAAGACGACUUCAACUACUUUAGUACAACAAUGCUUAAAAUGUUGACCAUCAUGCUUGGCAUUGGAGAACUUGGAAUUUUGUUUGAAGCUCGACACCCUUAUCUAGCAAUUUUUGUCUUUGUUCUGUUUGUCUUGCUUACAACAAUUCUCCUUCUAAAUGCCUUGAUCGCCAUUAUGUCAAAUUCGUGCACAGAUCUUAUGAAUAACUAUGGAGGAUUGGUCGCGACAAAGCUUCACUGUCGCCUGCAAAAAUUGUCACUUAUUUUGUUUCUUGAAGGGUUCCUUCCCUGUUUUUUAUGUAAAAAUGUUGGAAUUAUAAGUUGUAGUUACAGAGUUGUAAAUAGUAAAAGGAAGUCCCUCACAAUGAGGCGAUUAUGGGUUAGAAAGUCAGUACACGACACUAACUACACAACACCUACACAUUCGAAAGGAAAUAACAGUAGCGUUAAUAUUAGCAAAUGAAAUCAAUGAAAUCAGACGUCGAAUAAAUACAACAUCGUUAAAUAGCUAAGGAUAUAUUCAAUAAUAAUUAUUGUGCUGUUUAAAGUUAGUAUUUUAUAGUGUUUAAUUUGUGUACUUAGAAAUAAUAUAGAAAUAAUUAAACGAUUAAGGUGUUUUUAUUUUUGACAAACUGAAUUUUUGAAUACUUCUAGAUUUGUUUCCAGAAAAACAGUUUUGUAAGUGAAUGUAAGCAUCAUUCAGUUUAAAAGUGACUUUUCGUGUGCGUGUUUUUUGUUGUUUUUUUAUCUUAGCAACAAACACUUCAAAAGGUUUCCAAAGGAUUUAUGAUUAUAUCAUUAGUCAGAUAAUUAAUACAUACUUUUAGGUGUGUAAAUAUUUCAUGAUUUUUCGACUGAUAUAAGAUUUAUCUGCUAUAGUAUUUCUGGUGAUUUUGGUUAGUAUAUA